GCCUGGAGCUCAGCGUCCCGCCGCAGCAGUCGCUCGAGGGCUCCGGGGCAGCUGGCAGGCGAGCACGUCGGCGAGUCGGGUCGGGAGCCGUAGCGGCCUUGGAAUCGGCAGCCCACAGCGCAGGGGCUCCGAGGGGGAUCGCGGACCAAGCUCUCGCAAACUUGGGACGUGCGUUCCGCGCGCCACGGCCAGAGCCAUGAAGAUGGUCGCGCCCUGGACGCGGUUCUACUCCAACAGCUGCUGCCUGUGUUGCCAUGUCCGCACCGGCACCAUCCUGCUCGGCGUCUGGUACCUGAUCAUCAAUGUUGUGGUAUUGCUGAUUCUCCUGAGUGCCCUGGCUGAUCCAUAUCAGUACCACUUUUCAAGUUCUGAACUAGGAGGGGACUUUGAGUUCAUGGAUGAUGCCAACAUGUGCAUUGCUAUUGCAAUUUCUCUUCUCAUGAUCCUGAUAUGUGCAAUGGCUACUUAUGGAGCAUACAAGCAACAUGCUGCCUGGAUCAUCCCGUUCUUCUGUUACCAGAUCUUCGAUUUUGCCCUGAACACCUUGGUUGCAGUCACUGUGCUUGUUUAUCCAAAUUCCAUUCGGGAAUACAUUCGACAGCUGCCUGCUGAUUUUCCCUACAGAGAUGAUAUAAUGUCGAUAAAUCCUACCUGUUUGGUCCUUAUUAUUCUUCUGUUGAUCAGCAUUAUCUUGACAUUUAAGGGUUACUUGAUUAGCUGUGUUUGGAACUGCUACCGCUACAUCAAUGGCAGGAAUUCCUCUGAUGUCCUGGUUUAUGUUACCAGCAAUGACACCACGGUCCUGCUGCCCCCGUACGAUGAUGGCAAUGCUGUGACUGGCGCUGCCAAGGAGCCGCCACCCCCUUAUGUGUCUGCCUGAGCUGGUGGUGGAAAUGGGAGCAGCAGCGUUACAGCUUUGCGGACAUCCGAAUAAUAGCUCUGUAUGCUUCCAUCAUAGAUGAGCUGUUUGUCUUGUCAAAAUACCAUGUUUUACAGUUUAGUUUCGUUAAGACCUUCCCUAGUUUCAUACCUGUGCUUUUAGCUUGAGCUCUGGGGUAGUGUAACCUGUAGGGUUCUUUCUGUAGGGAUGGGGUGUAAUUUGGAUCCAUUAGUUUUCCCCAGAAAUAUAGAUGAGUCUACUUUUUGUACUUGCUCAGCCUUAAAGCUGGGCAGUGGGUCACUUGUUCCCUUCUCUGCCUCUUGAAAGUAUAAAGCAAAAGCAAAAUUAUAGGUAAUGCUUUUUCUUAAACUAUUCUAGUAUCCUUACAGAUCCUCAAAAAAAGAGGAAUGUUCGUUGUUCAAUCAUUGCUCUAAUUAGGUAAAUUGGCACCCUCAUAUUUGUUUGAAAGAAUGUUCCUGCUUUUCUUUAUGACUUCACUUCAA